AUGGCGCCCAAGCUCGGCAAAGACAAAACGCUCGCGGAUAUGAUUAUGGAAAAGAUUCAAGAGCACGAGAGCGCUGGUGGGUCUACGGCGCGAGACGAGGAAGGUGAGAUGAUUCCAGAAGGGUUGGAUUCUCGUGUGAUUGAGAUUUAUAGACAAGUCGGCGAGCUUUUGACGAGGUACACCACGGGCAAGGUGCCAAAGGCGUUCAAAAUCAUCCCCGCGCUCUCCAACUGGGAAGAAGUUUUGUACUUGACCAAUCCCGAUAGAUGGAGUCCGCACGCGAUGUAUGCGGCGACGCGUCUGUUUGCGUCGAACCUGAAUGUGACGAUGGCCCAGCGCUUCUUUAAUUUGGUGCUCCUGCCGCGCGUACGCCAGGACAUCGCAGACAAUCGAAGGUUACACUUCGCGCUCUUCAUGGCGCUCAAGAAGGCGACCUUCAAGCCCGCGGCAUUUUUCAAGGGUAUGCUUUUGCCUUUGUGCCAGAGCAAAACGUGCUCGCUGCGAGAGGCGGUCAUUUUUAGCGCCGUUUUGUCGCGAUGUUCGGUACCAGCGUUGCACUCCGCCGCCGUAUUGAUGAAGCUAUCCACGUUUGAGUACGCCGGAACGACAUCCUUCUUCAUGCGCGUAUUGCUCGACAAGAAGUAUGCACUGCCGUUUAGCGUUGUGGACGCUCUAGUUGAUCACUUUUUGCGCUUUUCGACUGAGGAGCGCGAACUUCCGGUGGUUUGGCAUCAAACGUUGUUGACUUUCGUGCAACGCUACAAGGCGGUCAUCGACAAGGAAAGCAAAAAGUUGCUCUUCAAGCUCGUGACGAUCAAAAGUCACUACUUGAUCACGCCCGAAAUUCGUCGCGAGCUCGCACACGGUAAGUCUCGAGGGGAGGCGGACAACAUGGACGCCGACGUCGGCGUUGGAGCUUUUAGCAAAGCCGUCAAAGCCAAGGCGCUCGAGGAGAACGUGCGCGAUAUGCCCGCGAUCCCGAUGCUCGCCGACGAUCAAUAUUAG